AUGGGCAAAUCGACCAUGACCGCAACCAUCUUCGGCGCUAUCCUCUCCACUGCCAUGCUCACUCAAGCUGCUCCUCUCACUGUCCGCCAAUCCGGCAGCUACUACUCCAACUCCACAACUGUCGCCAACACAACUACAAGCACAUCCGGCGCUCCUCCGUCCACAUACACUGGCGCCCCAUUCGCCUCGGGCCCAUACACUGGCUACCCCUCCAGCGGCGUCGCACCCAUCGCCCAGGUCUUCCCCGAGUUCACGUCCCAGUACAACUCCAGAACCGGUGCCGUAGACUUCAACACCGCGCGGGGUCUGGUCUCUCGCUCACCCACCAACGGCGGCGCCGAUAUCACGACGCUGGUGACGUUCGCUCUUGACGAGCAGUACGCUUCGAACUGGUGCCAAGUCGUGUUCGACCUCAAGGACGCAAGUUCCUCCGCCACGGGCUCCAAGCAAGCUCAACUCUUCACCAGCUUGGCACCCGCGACGAUGGAUACCACCACCUGGCCCUCGGGCAAUCUGCGCAACCAGGACCUUGGCUCGAUCCAGAUCUACCCAGGCGACGAGGCGCAGUGGCAGCCUGGUACCGGACCUGGCGCGACCUCUAAUGGUUUCUUCCCCUGUGGCUUGAUCGCCGGACAGGCCUAUGGUGGCGAGGUCGUGCCCCAGGGCGACUCGGUCGAGGUCUCGUGGCCUGCCGGUCAGGAUGGUGUGAAGAUUGUGGUUUACUAA